AGAGGCUAGAGGACGAAUGCCACGAAAAACCUGAGCAGAAGAAUAGAAGCUUCUUCUUCAAGCUUCUUUUUCUCUUGCUCUCGCUUUCGUGAGCGACCUCCCCAAUACUUGGCCGCGGCGGCAUUGCAACGGAGGACCUAAAACAAGAAAUGCCGAACAACAAUGGCGACGGUCCGCAGACAAGCCAGGCCGAGGACGGCAGGGGGGACUCGGAGGGGAGACAACAGCUAGGAUCGGAGGGAGGAGGGAUCCAAGGGUAUGGAGAAACAGGGGCCGCGGUGAGCUUGGGCCUCAAGGAGAUCCCUUCGGGUCAAGUUUCUACUCCGCGAGGAAGGUCGAAGUCCUUGACGAACGUAAAGGGUGCGGACAACGUUCUCGUUCCCGAGGUAGGGACGGCGUCCUAUCAGGUGGCCCUGGCGAGCGGGAGUGGCGAAGCCGCGGCGGACGACCUGUACAUGGAGGGGAUAAGCCUAAGGAGAGGUUUCGCUUCUGAGUUCAUCGCCCACCUAGAGGAUGACACGCGAAAUCUCUUCCUGUUUGACGACGAUGACUUCGCGGAGGACAGCGAGACGGCCCCGCUUUGGCCAGGCAAGGGCGGGGGAGGAGGGAAAGGGAAGCCGCAGCUAGAGAGAAAGGUCUCCUCCAGGUCGCAGGCAGCCGUGUCCAGGGUAGUCGUAACGUUCCUCAAGAGCAUGGUCGGAAGUUACAUCCUCUACACCCCCAAGAUGUUCCAGAACGGUGGCCUGACGGGCUUCGAUGCUGAGCCUGCUCUGCGCCGCUUGGGUAGCUUGCGACAACAUGAUCGUACUCGUCCGCUUGGCCGAGAAGACUGGAAAAAACUCGUACGGACAGGUGAGAGGAAAAACUCGUACGGACAGCUGGGGUAUGCCGUCUUCGGCAAGGUGGGUCAGCUGCUGGUGGACGUGUCCUUGGUGCUGUCCCAGCUGUCCUUCUGCUCCAGCUACUUCAUCUUCAUCGUGCUCAACAUUCCCAGCGCCCUGCCUGUCCCACCCCCCGGGUCUCGAUUGGAGUACCUCCUUAGUCCUAACGCCCUCGUCGCUAUGCAGCUGUUGGUCUACAUCCCGAUGGCGUGGAUAAGGCACCUCAAGUACCUCGCGCUGGCAAUGUUCGGCGCCAACGUGUGCAUGUGGUUGGGUUUGAUUCUGAUCGUGGGCAUCGAUGCGGAGUUGCUCAUGAGAGAGGGGCCGGAGCCAGUGCUGCAGUACAACCUGGACACAUUCAUAAUUUUUGUGGGGGCCGUGGUGGUGUGCUUCGAAGGGAUUGGGCUCGUCUUGCCGUUGCGGGACAGCAUGGAGCCACACAUGCGGCAUAAAUUUCCGGGCGUGGUUCGAGUUGCGAUGCUCUUCCUCGCCAUCGUCUUCUGCAUAUUUGGCUGCCUAGGCUACCUGGCCUACGGAGAGGGCAUUGAGACGUUCGUGACGAUGAACAUCCCGGCGGGGCACCCCGUAGGCGCUCUGUCCGUGGGUCUCUACAGCAUCGCCAUCAUGAUGAGCUACCCCCUGCAACUAUUCCCUGCGGUCAAGUGCUUGGAAGGACACCUGUUCGGCGCACUGCGGCAAAGGAGCUUGCUGAGGAAGUGGCUCAAGAACACCCUGAGAGCUGCCGUGGUGCUCGCGACGGCCGCCUUCGCCAUGUUCGUCGGGCCCAGCUUUGACAACUUUGCGGGUCUUGUGGGAGGCUUCUGCGCCGUCCCUCUGGCGCUAGUUUACCCCUCGGCCUUCCAGCUGAAAAUGAUGGGGGACUCGAUGACCAUGCGCGAAAGAGCGUGGGCGUGGACGGUGUUGGUGCUGGGGACCUUCGGAGCGGUCUUGUGCAGCUGGCAGUCCAUCGCCACUUGGAAGUGAAGUUUUACGGGAGGAAGGGCGAAAUAGUCGGAAAGCGCCCGUGGGCAGAUUUUUUACCUCCGGUCCGUUCGUUGGUUCUCACGCCAUAGAAGCAGCAAGCAGCCUCAUGUCCAGGAAGCGACUCGCUUUAAAUUCGUGAAUCAGUCUUACUGUACGCAUGUACGUGUGGUGACUCGAGGGAAUGUGUCUCGAAUAUAUGUGAGUGGGAGGUAUUGAAGGUCGCGCGGAGUUCAAUAGUUUGUUUUUACACUCGUGUGUACUAUUUAUGAGGCGUUCUUAAUGUGCCGGUUGCGUGAUUUCGUCCAUUGCAUGCGCGAGAUGUUGAAAGUCGCGCACUAGAGAGACAUGGGAGCCGCUUGAUUUCAGUAGCUGUCAAGGUACUGACUUGGGGUGCGACUAAUCUCAGUCCACACCACGUCAGGUCUGGCUUCCUUUCGUAGAGGUGCGUUCGGGUCACGCCGGGUCGGAUCGGAUCGUGAUUGCGGGGAGGGGCCGUGCGCUGUGUUCCACCAUUCCAUCCCAUCCCAUGUCGGAAAAUCCAAACCACAUCUCAACAUCUCAGGGGGCAGCCCCUCCGUGUAGGUCUAGCCCCAUUCCGUCUCACGCUAUCUUCGGCCUGCCUACAUGCAUAUGUGUGC